AUGGAGGUGCGUGUGUGUCGAGAAGGGAAGAGAUGUCUUUGUUUGGAAAAUUAUUCAACCAAUUAUGAUAGUAGUUUUGGGCAAAGUUUAAGCGGCGGUGGAGGUUCGUUGUCUUCCUUGGGAGGACAAUCGAGUAGUGCCGGUGGUAAUUCGAUUUCUAGCAUAGGUACUGGUACAACCAAUACAAACAAUAGCAGCAAUCCAUCGUUCUCAAUUUCACAACAACAAUAUCAGACACUACAACAACAACAACAAUCACAACAACAACAACAACCAUCGCAAGACAAACAUUACGUACCGAGUCGGAUCUUCAGUCAGGAGCGAUCCGACCUCUUGUCAAGCAGCACCGACAAGCGAAAAACUUCACCAGGUGACUCCAAUUCGCUUGUUACAACAUCGCCACAACAUCAUCAUCACGGUCAUCACUAUAGCUCGCUCCACCAUCACGGUCAUCAACAACUGUCACCAACAACACCAUAUUCCUAUUCGCUAAAGUCGCGAUUCGGGGGUGACAAUAUCAAUAGUUCAUCUAUGAUGUCAUCGCCAAUGACCACCACAAUGAGAUCACAUCACCAACCGAAUCAAUCGCAAUCCUCCAUGAUGACAAUGAUGAUCGACAAAGACUAUAUACCGAGAACAUCUAUCUACGACGAUCCAUCGCCUGCCUCUACAGCAGUUAGCAACAUCGGUGGUGUCAGCAACAACAGUAAUGUAGCCAACCAAAUUCCACCACUUUCAUUCUUUGAGACACCAGUCUCACCAGCAGUACAACAACAACAACAACAACAGAGUCAGAAUCAACAACUUCAAUUACAUCUACAACUUCAACAACAACAACAGCUACAACAACAACAACAGUUGUUUGGUUCACAAUCUUCGCAGCUAUCGCAACAGCAGCAACAACAACAACAACUUCUUCAACAACAUCAGCAACAACAACAACAACAGCUAUCAAUCUCUACACUUGGAAACAAUAGUAUUUCACCUGCAUCUGCAAGCAAUAAUCAACUUAUGACAAUGUCGGCAUUGCAAUCGACCAAUAUGAUGAAUGCCAAUAAUUCGAUGCUGCCGUCUACCUCACUCUAUUAUACAGCGGCAACAGAGAAUCUACCGUUGUACGCCGACAAGUAUGAUAGACGUUGGGUCACUAUCUUUGGAUUCCCACAGACAGCAAGCGAUGUAGUACUAGACGAAAUAGAAUCGAGUGCACACAUAGUUGAAAUUAAAUAUCCACCAUCCAGUAACUCCAACUGGUUAUACAUUAAACUUGAAAGUGAAGCAAUUGCACAAGAUCUACUAGCAAAGAAUGGUAUGAUCAUUGGAAAUUGUAUGAUUGGUAUAACACCUUAUAAAGAAGCAAUUAAAACAGAAGAUCAACAACAACAACAAAAUACACAACUACCAUUUAAAGAAAUAGAAACAUAUACACCAUAUAGAAGAAACUACGACCCAUCAGAUUACAAUAACAACUCACAAUCCAAUGCAACCAAACCAUCAUUGAUAUCAAAGAUAUCUGAAUAUGUUUUUGGUAUUUAA